GCAUUGCAGUCCACAUUUGAAACACAGAACUCUCACAUCUGGGUUUCUUCUGCUUUUUUUUUUUUUGGUUUUUGGUUUUUGACUUUUUGUCGCGUGAAAUUCGAUGCCGGCCACAUAGUGAACGGGAAAAACGGUUCUAAUAACGGUCCUCAAAAGUCGACAACAUAUCGAAAAAUCGAGUGAACGUAAAAUAGAUACAAGAGUAGAAGAGAAAAACCGAAACCCAAGUAUGGAAACUCCGGCACAUAUGUUCGCAUCCGUAUAACAAAACGUGAGAGAGACAGAGUUUUUUCCCACCAAAAACAAUUUCGACUGCCUGCUCGCUCAGUCGCUAAACGCCUAGAGAAAUCCUGUGAACUGUGAAUCGAAAAUCCGAAUCGGAAAAGUUUGAAAACACAAACGACAAAUCAGCAACAACAACAACAACAGCAACAAUAUGGCUUCUGUGAUGUACGCCGUAUUCCAUUUUGCAGCACUGCAAUGCUCGGCCCGUCCGGAGAUAUCGCCGUGCACGUGCGAAAUGGGCAAAGCCUUCAAUCAUGUCGAGCUCGCCUGCGAGAAGCUCGAGUCCUUCAACGCUGUCGUCGACAGUCUGGCCAAUAAGCUAAACUCCGAUGUCAACAUCGAUCUGAAAAUAACCCAUUCGCAACUGGACGAUCUGGAGAUGAGAUCGUUCAGAGAUAUGAACUUUAACAUCUACAAGCUGCGUAUGCAGUGGAACGGCCUAAGAUCGCUGCCAGAGCUGCCAUUUCGCGGGUUAUCGAAUGUCACCUACUUAAGCGUCGCCGACAACGAACUCGACGAGAUUCCGAAGCACGUCUUGAAUCACAUGCCGCUGCUGCAGACCUUCGACAUCAGCCGCUGCAACAUACGAGUCGUGCAGCAGGACGAUCUGAAAGGCAUACAGAAGAUCACGAAUUUGAUAUUGCCCAGCAAUAAUAUAACUCGACUUGAUCGUGGCGCCUUUCCGCUCAGCUUGCUCAUACUGCAUUUGGGUCGAAAUCAACUGGAAUCGCUGAAUGGAUCCCUGGCCGAAUUAACCAAUCUCCAUUCACUGUUUAUCAAUGCAAACAAUAUCAGUGAUCUUGAUAAGGAGCUGCCGGAUGGAAGUAAGCUGCGUCUCCUCAUGGCCCACAAUAAUCGACUGGAGCAUCUGCCCGCGAACAUGGCCACCAUGGACGAUCUGGAGAUCAUUCACUUGCAUUUCAAUCGCUUGCGAUCGUUCGAUCGCGUGCUGAGGAAUGCCCAACAUUUGACCGAGCUGCUGGCGAAUAACAACGAGCUGGAGUACUUGGCCCAGGAUGAGUUCCAGUCGUGCCGGCAGUUGGACACGCUGAAUCUGGCCUGCAAUCACAUUCGCUCGCUGAACUUCUCGCUGCAUCCGAUGGUAAAGCUGACGCGGGGCAACUUCUCGUUCAACGACAUUGAGGAGUUCUCCAUGGAGGAGCUGCAUGGCAUGCGCUCCCUGAGGGUGCUCGAUCUGUCCUACAAUCGCAUUCAGCGGCUGCUGCCCGCCCACAAGCACAGCCCCGAGCUGGCUCUCAUCGAUCUGCGCCUGGAUCAUAAUCAAAUUGUUACUCUGGACUCGGCACUGGCGGGCCUCAGUCAUCUGCGCAUACUUAGCCUGCCGGAGAAUCGUAUCGAAUAUCUACAACCGGGAGACUUGAAUGGCAUGAAUCGACUGGAAAUACUCGACUUGACCGCCAAUCAAUUGGUUGAACUGAAGCAGCUGGAAACGACUCUGCUGCCCAGUUUGAAGAUCCUGAAGGUGGCUUAUAACAACAUCACAAAGCUGGAGCACGACUUUUAUGGCCUGCCCAUGCUCUGCCAGGUCAAUCUGACCAACAAUCAAAUCUCGAGCAUAUCUAGUGAGCUCGUCACCAACACGCGCUGCAAGAAUCACAAUGUUCCUGGCAAACUGGAGAUGUUUUUAGAUGACAAUCCCAUCAUGUGUGAUGUGCGCCUGAACGAGCUGUGUCGCCUGAUGAUCGCGCAGGAUGCGCGCAUACGUGGCCGAUCGCAGUGCUUCGAGAAUGAUCAGGAGGUGUGCACAGUGCUGCCGAUGCUCUACAAUUACGAUUUGCCGCUGCUGGUGACCAAGCUCAAGAUAGUCGAUGCUGAGGAUGCGAAGCCGCUGGUCCAGAUGCUGGUGCCGUCGCCCAUCUUGAUCAAGAACAACGACGAGCUGUUGCCGCCGAUAAUUGCGACACUCGGACAGCCGCUGAUCAAUCCGGUUAUCAUAGCUGCACCGCCGGCAGUGGCACCCACAUUGCUGCUGGCCGCAGCCGCAACCACGCCGCCGCCAGCGCUCGGGGAAGCGAAUACAACAAACCCAACAACGACAACAACAACAUCGUCAACAACUUCGACAACAACAACCACAACAACAACGACCACGAAUCCACCCACUGUUAUUGCAGUGACAACACCCACUCCGGUCAAUCCGAUAGAUAUGGUAACCACCACAGCACCAACCACCACAACCACCAGCACCACAACGCCGCAACCGAAUGAUACGCUGCCCGUUGUCCUGGACAUCGAGGAGCCCACUCAGAUGAAGCCAUCGCAGAUGAAUGCCACAGACGAGGCUGUCGAGCUGCCGCCAGAGCCGAAGGCCAAUCCGGUCGAGCAGGCCGAGGCCGAUACGGUGGCCAAAACAGAGUAUGAGACGGUCGAGUAUAUACCGAAUGUGGUGUUGGUGCCGACGCCGGUGCCUGCGAGCAAAUCGAAUCUGCUCGACGAGGACGCCGACUCGCAGUCCAAUUCGGUGCACGAGGAGUAUCCGUCGGUGCUGCUCGGCGAUGUGGAGCAUGCGGCACAGAAUCUCCAAAUACCCGAAGAGCCGCCGGAGCAGUGAGGAGUCGCUAUGGGGAGAAGAAGAAGCAGAGAAAAAAUAACUAAAACUAAAAGAACACACACACAUACACAUCACAAGAUUUAUUUAACUGUAAAGGCGCUGGCAGGCGUAGGCGAGGAGUAGCGUGCUUUUUGGGGGGCGUGGCAAGCAAUGAAACUUUUAUGGAUUGUAUGUCUUAAGUUAAUCUAAGUUUAAACGUGAAAUCGAAUCGAACAAAUAAUGUCAAAGCAAAGAGAAAGUUCACAAAAAAAAAAAAGAGAAACAGCAAAAUAUUUUCGAGCGGAUCCGGACCCGAACAGACGCAAGGACGAAAGAUACUUUGGACCGGCUUUAAGUUAUAAGUUGAUUGCUGGGCGGGUGGGCACAUAAUUUGGGGGUGGGUGCAGCUUGUCUGGCCAGUAGGAAAGCAGGAGAGGAGCCAAUAUAAAUAUUUAAAUAACUGUAUACACCAUAUACAUACGUUGAAAAGUUUUACAAGUAGGUACUUAGAGUUAAA